AUGUGUAUCGAGAACGACGACGGGCAACGAAGGGCAAUGAAGGGCCGUGAUAUUGGCUUGCCGAUCCGCAAUGGCGAUUUCAGGAACUACUGCAAAGGUGGAGAUGAUCAGUUUUCAAGGGUUGGGCUGGCAAGGGGAGUUGACACUUGGGAGAUCCCUGUCCAGUGGGACGUUCAAAGGAUAUUUGGCAUUCAUGGUAGCCAGGUCUCUGGAGACCAUCCCGAACCUCGCCAUGAGAUGACCUGUGGAAAAAAAAAAUUGCGGGAGCAAGCAGAGCUUGUUGAUAUGUAUGAGGACUUCAGUAUGACCUCUGACAUUCAUGGACAGGAUAUCACAAGCUAG